UUCCCGGAACCUCUCGCCGCUGCUGACGCAUGCGCACGUCCCGCUCAGCCGCGCGCUCAGAGAAAGGCGGAGGCGUGGCUACGCGUGCGCAGAGCAAGCGAGGACCGGAACGCCCGUCGCGGCGCGAGAGUCUGUAGCGGUCGCAAUUCCCAGAUAUACUUUUGACAUCAUGGAUCGAUUUGGAGAUAUAUCAGAAGGUGAAGUUGACCAUUCUUUCUUUGACAGUGAUUUUGAAGAUGCAAAGAAAUGUGACAGUAAUUUAGUUUUUGACAAGCAAAAUGAUGACCUUAAGGAAAGAAUAGAUAAUGACACCAAAAAUGUAAACUUAAAAUUUGAAAUACAAAAUGAUGACCUUAAAGAGAGAAUAGAUAAUGACACAGAAAAUGUGAACUUGAAACCUGAAAUACAAACAAAGGAAAAUUGCCUUACUCAGAAAGGAAAUGAAAGAAAAGCAAAAGUUUCCUCCAAGGAAUACCAUGUAGAAAAUGAUCCUACACAAACAAGAAGUUCCUCAUUAUCAUCCACAUCUUCAAAAUCAAAAAAAUCGUGUGAUGCUACAAAAGGACAUAAAUUACACCUGCCUGUUCCAAAUAGAAUUCCUAAAAUUGCAAAAGGUGAGGACGAUUACUACACAGAUGGAGAGGAAAGCAGCGACGAUGGAAAAAAAAGUCAGGUGAGGGCCAAGUCAGCUAAGCCCUCUAAAAACACAAAUAAAAAGUAUUCCAAAGUCAGUUCCUCCUCUUCUUUGUCUUCCUCAUCUUCAAGAUCAAGUUCAGAAUGCUCAGAUAUAGGGUCUGAUACCCAUAAAUCUGAUUCACGCUCAUCAUCAAGGAAACAUACUUCUGGUGUAGCCCUCUCAUCACCAAAACAAAAACGGAAAUCAGGAAGGAAAUCAGCAAGUGUACAGCCUUCCAGUGCUAAACAAAAAACUGCUAACUGUAAUGAGGAAUCAGAAGAUACUGUAACAGAUGUAACGCCUUUGUCAACUCCAGACAUCAGCCCUGUCCAGUCAUUUGAAUUGAGUCCAUCACAUGAUCAGAAAGUGAAAGUUAAAAGGCAAGAAAAUGUAAGCCGGGAUGUGUGUGAGGAUGUGGAAACUUUAAAAAAUGAUUUAAGAUCUCUGAAGUCAGCCAAACGGAAAGAAAAGCAUGAGCAGAAUUUGGCUCCAAAAUCUUCAGUGUUAGAAGCAAAUCUAGACCAUAGAGCCAAACAAAAAGUCUUACAUGACACCAUGGACCUUAAUCAUCUGUUGAAAGCUUUUCUGCAAUUAGAUAAAAAGGGACCACAAAAACAUCACUUUGAUCAGCCUUCAAUAAUGCCUAGGAAAAACUACUCUUUCACAAAAGAAGAGGUGAGACAGAUUGAUCGGGAAAAUCAGAGGCUUUUGAAAGAACUGUCAAGACAGGCUGAAAAACCAGGAAGCAAAAGUACAAUUCCUGGAAGAUCACUUGGCCAUCCCCCUAAGUUAUAUCAUAGUGCUCUCAACAGACAGAGGGAACAGCAAAGGAUUGAAAGAGAAAAUCUGGCUUUAUUGAAACGGCUUGAAGCUGUGAAGCCAACAGUUGGCAUGAAACGCUCCGAACAGCUAAUGGACUAUCAUCGAAAUAUGGGUUAUCUCAACCCUUCACCAUCCAUUAGACGAGUGAGAUCUACUCUUGGCCAUUACGGCCCACUGAGAGGAGCUUCCAGGACAUCCAGUGCGACCAGUGGUCUCAGUUGUAAGACUGAACGAUCAGUGUUGGACACAUCCAGUGGCUUUUUGCUAAGACCGAAACCCAACGUUCGUACUGCUUGGUUGUAAUACCUUUUAUUAUGGUAUACAUUGUUCAUCCUAUUUUAACAAUGUAUUUUUAUGUAUUACUGUAACUCUUUGUAAACAUCUGUAAUACUUUUUUCAACAAUUUAUACAACAGUGAGUACAAUUUAUUGUUGGUCAGUGCAAAAUUGUUACCAAAACACACUUUCAUGUAAAAUCAGUGUUUCAUAAGGUGGCAUGUAGGAGCUAUAUGUGUAUUUAAUAGAGAAAGGUGUUAUACAUGAAUAUUUUCUCUAUAGAAAUUCACUUGUGAUGCUGACAAAACAGCAGUGCUGAUAAUCCAUGUUGAACCAAGACACCCACUCUGUUUUUACUCUGUUGUUUUCAGUUAUUGUAAGCAUGAACGUAAGCACCUCAGACUUCUGUUGCUUUAGAAUGUCUGUAACGUGAGUCAUCAUUUGAUUGUGUGAUCAUUACACUUCUUAUGAUGAAAAUCUUGAAAUUUGUUUUCAUGAACAAGCUGACUGCAAUUUGAUGAGGAGGGUGAGCAGCUUGCACUGGUGCAAUUCUUGAAUCACCAGAGGUGCUUCUCUGUAAGAUUUUCAUUUCACACUGCAUAAAUAACAGGGUUCACUCUAGGAGCUUCUAGAAGCUUCUGCUUUGUGUGUUUAUGCAAUCAGGUAAAAUACUCAAGGAUUCUGAGGAAAAGGUGGCUUUAACAGCCUACUGUCUUAUGACUAGUUUGUAUCCCGAUCAUUUGCAUAAUAAACAAAAACAAAUAUCUGUUAGAUCAGUGAGCAAUAUUCCCAUCGAGAAGAGCCAAGAAGCAGACCUCAGAGUAUGUUAGAGCAGUGUUUGAAAUGAUACAAUUAGUAUGUGUGCUGUCAUUGUAUUAAAAGAAUAAGGAAGAAAUGCUUUAGAGAAACCAAUAAACAAGAAACUAAUCACACAUUUGUUAAAGCUACUGCCUUAAAUAUCAGUGGAUUUGCUUGGUUUGGUUUGGCUUGGUUUGGCUGAAUCCUUGAAGCACUUUUUACCAGUCUUACAUUUAAAGGCCUAUUUAUCCUGAUGGAUUUGCUAGUGACACAUGACACAUAGGUGCAAUAUAGUUGACGAUCAAAACUAGAAUAUUUUUCUGUCAACCUGUAGGCUGUUAUUUUAUGGAACAAAGGGUGAUAUUUCAUUGUCAUGCCUUUUUCAUUACUGUUUUUGUUAGUAUACCUUUAGGACAUACAAAUAAUUUUCAUACUCAAUGACAUGUUUUUCUUAAAAUAAGAAUUUUCCCCAGCCACGGUGAGCUCUGUCUGAUUUCAUUGCUCCAGCACUGUAGCCUGUGUGCCACGCCUGCUGCACCUUCAUUAGCAGGAGGGUAGACUGCACUUCACCAAAUGCCAGGUCAUACAUUGUUGAUCUUACUUUAAUAGAUAAUGUUUUAGAUAGAGCAGCAAAGGUUGGGAAGGAUUAGGCUAAAAAAAGUUGCUGAACACAUGCACCACACACACGCAUUCACAUAUAUAUGGUAGAUGUGUGUAUACCUCAUACAUGUACAAACACACAGCAUGAUUGAGGGUUUUUCUUCUGCUUUCUGGGGGCUGUAACAUUCUUUGUUACUGUGUUCUAAUGAAAAAGAUUUUCUACCUGCUUUGUAUAACCCUCAGCUGUAUAAACUAAGGUUUGUCUUAGUUUUUUAACUCUGAACUUCUAAAGUUUGUGUAACAACAAAAUGUAGCAUUUUGGCAUUUUCCCAAUGGUGAAUUAAUCAGUUUUUAAAACAGGUUUUUGAGGGAAAAAUGUGUAUAUGUAAAACCUUUUAUGUUCACAGUGGCAUUAGCCUAUGAGUACAUUUUAUUCAUAGAUAAAAGAAAUGCUAAUUUAUGCCUUAGAUUUUACUUUUUGAAAGAAGUUUGUCUGAGUAUUACUGAUAACAGGGAUUCAACUUCAAGUAAAGGGCAACCAUCUUUUAAAAACAAUUUACAAUGUUGUUGUAGAUGCAUAUACAUGAUGACUAUAAGUAGAUGGGUAGGAAUUACAAACUAAGAAUUCACUGAUGUAGUCAAAGUAUUUUAAGGUUAGGAUUUAGGAGGCAUUCGUAGUGGAGGUGUCAUGAAUACAUGAAUCACUUCAACUUCACCAACAUAAUAAACACAAGUGGGUUAGGGCUGUGGUACAGUUGGCUGACUUGUCCUUACUGCACAUACUCUGAAGAUCUGCUUCUGUAGCUAGAAAGUACGCUGGUCUUUGGCUAAUGGCCAGAUCUUAACGAGAACUGCUUUCAUCUCUGUCAAAUGUUGUUAUCUCCUUUUCUAGUAAGAUUUUGUAAAAGAUUCAAACUAUUAAUAUUAUUUCUUAAGGAGUAGGUACAACCUCUUUCUCUCUCAAUUUUUUCAGUCUCCAUUAAAAACUGCUCCUACCAGCUAUUCCAGUUAACGAUUCGUGGUUUGCUUGUAACAUUAAGUCAUGCAGCUGUGUUCAACCCGAGCCUCAAAAAGCUUUGAAAGGCUAUUGUGAUAAGUCUGCUUCUCACCUCCAGAUCCAUGCAGCAACUCCAGAGUAUUAAGGUUUAUGUAAAGCUUAAGAUGAAACUUUACCUUAGUUAGCAAUCAAAAACUGUUUUAAAUGCCAAAGUCUUAAUGUAAAUGACUGUAUACCACCAUAGAGAAUGUAUAUACUGCUAAUGGCUGAGUUGCUUAUUUUCAUGAAUAAAGAUUAGCAAGAAACUUUUAAGUCAUCUUUCUUUGAAAAUGUUCAAAUUUUUCAUGUUUUAGGCAUGAGGAGCUAGCUUGGUCUAGUGAAAAAGAAAUAAAAGAUUUAAAGAGAACCAA